AUGAAGCUCACUGCUGCCGUUCUCUCCCUGGCUGUGGCCGCCUCGGCCUCUUGCAUCCGCCAUGCCCGUCGGGCUGACGGCGUCGUUGAGACCAACUCCUAUAACUACACCGAGAUGGGCGGUCCGCUGAACUGGUACGGCCUGGACCCCGAGGCCAACUCUGCCUGCGCCACGGGCAAGCACCAGUCCCCCAUCGUCAUCCACUCCGAGGACAUCGACUAUGUCUCCCCGGGAUCCCUGAAGUUCGACAUCCCCAAGGCCGACUACGCCAAGUUUGAGAACCUUGGGUCCGGCCUCGAGGUCGUUCUGACCAACGGAUCUCUCACUGUGGGCAACAAGAGCCUUCCCCUGGCCCAGUUCCACUUCCAUACCCCCAGCGAGCACCGCGUCAACGACGAGUACUAUCCCAUGGAGGUUCACUUUGUGUUCCAAAACAAGGCCAAAGACACCGCCGUCGUCGGCUUCUUCUUCCAGCUCUCCGAGCUCGGAUACUCCGUCCCCCUGUUCGACACCAUCUUCGACCACGUUCUCGAGAUCGAGGAGCCUGGUGCCUUCACCCACACCGGGGAGAUGGACUUCGCCGGCCUGACCCACCACCUCUACAUGCAUGGCAUCUACCAGUACUCUGGCUCCCUGACCACCCCUCCCUGCUCCGAGGACGUCGCCUGGUACCUGAGCACCGAGCCCCUGCCCCUGACCGUCCAGGACUACAACAAGGUCAAGAAGGUGCUCAAGUACAACGCGCGCUACACACAGAACGCCCUGGGCGAGGACAACCUCCUCGAGGUGGCGGCCAAGAGCCUCAACUAG